AUGGUGGUGAGAGUGAAGGUGGCAGAGCUGUGCAGAACGGUGCGGAGAGCGGGGGAUGGUGAUGGGGAGGACGGUGCGGUGUGGAUGGGGAUGUCUGUACGCGGGAGCAGCGCCGGCGCCGGGGGCUGGGACGGGCCGCAGCGGCGCGCCUGGCUCCGGCACUACUACAGCCAGCGGCAGAAGCGGCUCAUGACGCUCCUCAUCGCUCACCGGAGGAGAACCGGUUGCUGCUUCUACCCCCGUGCCUGGCCCAGCCUCAGGAGCACAGACUGGUGGGAGCGGGUGGUCCUAAAGGAGUUUGGGCCCCAGGACUGGUUGGAGAAGUUUCGGAUGUCCAAGGAGACUUUCUUCUACAUCUGCAACCAGCUGCGGCCUGGGCUGGCUCCACACAGUGCCCACUUCUACCCCACCCUGCCCCUGGAGAAGAGGGUGGCUGUGGCCCUGUGGCACUUGGCCACCAAUGUGGAGUAUCAGACUCUGAGCCCGCUCUUUGGUGUGGGGCCCUCCACGGUGCAGAGCUGUGUCCGGGAGGUGAGCUACGCUGUUGUCUUGCUGCUGAAGCCGCUUUACCUCCGACUGCCUGACGAGAAGGAGCUGGAGAACAUGGUGCGCAUCUUCUGCACACGCUGGGGCUUCCCGCACUGCAUUGGGGCACUGGACAGUCUGCACAUCCCCAUUCACCCACCCCUGCGCCUCACCGCCGACUACUGCAACGGCCAGGGCUGGCACUCCAUCCUCACGCAGGCCACUGUGGAUGGGCUGGGGCAGUUCUGGGAUGUCUCCACUGCCUUUCCAGGCAGCAUGGAGAACAGCGCAGUCCUGGAGAGCUCCAGCUUGUGGGUGCUGGCCAAGGAAGGCCGGCUAUGCCCCAAUCCUCCCAAGCAUUUCAUGGGGAAGGCACAGAAGUAUGUGCUGCUGGGCGAUGCCACGUACCCCCUGCAAGACUGGAUCCUCAAGCCCUACCAGGAGGACGAGAACCUCACCCAGCGCCAGCUGCAGUUCAACUACCGCCUGAAGCGGGCCCACAGCGUGAUAGAGAAUGCCUUCCUGCGCCUCAAGGCACGCUGGCAAAUCCUCCUCAAGUGUGAUGACUGCAGCCUGGAGCUGUUGCCCACCCUCGUCCUUGCCUGCUGCAUCCUCCACAACGUUUGUGAGGCCCACGACAACCCCUUCAAUGAGGAGUGGCUGGAGGGCACCGAGCCCACCGAGCUGCCCAAGCCCUGCCAGCCUGCUCCAGCUGCCAUGGAGGACAACCGGGCUGAGCAAGUGCGUGAGCUGAUGUGCCAGUACUUCGAGAGCUGUGGGGAGGGCUGAUGGGCCUGGGGAGCAGCUGCCCUGCACAUCCCCGCUUGCAGACUCACCAUGGACUCUGUCAAAUUGGCCCAGUGCUACCAGCUGUAUGAGAUGGGGAGGGGCGGCCGUGUCACUCAUCCUGGGUUUGCUGUAGAGGUUUCAGGCAGUGGAAUGUAUUUUGUGCCCAUUCUCUCUCCCAGGAUCUAAACUGUUUGGUGGUGUGUUGUGUGCUGCGGGAGUACAGUGGGGAUUAGGGCUGGGAGGGGGAGGCUGCUGGGAUCUCCCUCUCCUCUGUCUCAAGGCCUCUCCAUUAGGCCAAAAGUAGCUGAAGCCUUGAAAUAAGACAAAACUCCUUUGAAGGUUGAAACUUGCUGUGUAAACACACAUGAGAAGGAGAGGGAAGGAAGAGGCGGAGCAGUGACUUGCAAGGGAGGGCUGACACCAGCUUGGAAUUAAACUGCAUCCACAAACUCA